AUGAAAGGAAUGCCAAUCUUGGGAACACCCUUUUAUAUCCAUAAGGGAUUAUUAAACUAUAAAAACAACAAGAAGCCAAAUAAAGCAGAGGAAUUCUGGGACCUCCUGGACGCUAAAAUGUCUAAAAUUCCUAAAUCAAAUGUAGUGAUAUUACUUGGAGAUUAUAAUCCCCAAAUAGGAAGAGAGAGGAUUCAUGGACCAAUAGUGGGAGAAUAUGCUGCACACCAAAGAACAAACAGAAAUGGGAUGAGAUUGAUUACUAUUUGUAAAAACUUUCAAAUGAAGGUAAUGUCGAUUUUCUUCAGGAAAUUGCCAAGAAGAGCUGAAAUAUGGAUUCCUCCAAAAUCUAUACUAGGUGAAUUUCAACUAGAUCAUGUAGCUAUAUCCAAAAGAAACAUGAAGGAAAUUAUGAAUGCCAAAGUAGUAAAAAGCAGAGAACUUGAUUCCGAUCAUUAUUUGUUUAAAAUCAAACUCAAAUUCUUAACCAACAGAGAUCACAGAAUAGGGAAAAAAAUAAAUAAGUACAACACAAAUAGAUUCCAAAUUACACAAGAAACUUUGGAAACAUUUUAG